AUGUUACGCCUGAGACCAUCAGAACUCACAUUGACGCCCGAAGAUGUCGAGGAUACCUUCCGUCGUCUUGCCCACAGACAAGCCGCCCGGGCAUCAGCAGUGGCGGCAGCACGGGGCUAUGGAAGACAAGGACGACCAGUCAUCCGAUGCGGUCCGCAGAGAUCUGUCCGCCAUGCCACCACAGGCCCUGGAGAUAUCUCCCUAUACCAAAAUCAGCCUCAGCAGGCUAUCAUCACUGUCGACAACGAAGACGUCCACGAUGAUGUCGGCCAUCACGCUCCUCGAGGCAUCCGUCGUGACAGCCUCGUGACAGAUACUUCACAUAUGCAGACGCUACGGUCAGAAUAUCCUACAUUCUCCUCGGCUCUACGCAGCAUGAAGCUUCCCUUCAGGCCAGGACUGGGAAACACACAAGAUCGACGCCAUGAGACAAGUGAUCAAGGUGAGCCAGCUUCGAUUUCGACAACACCGGGUUCAUUACCACAUGCAGCCUUCGGAGAUACCGAAGUAGCCCACACCAGCCAAACACAAAACAGUGGAUCAUCCUUUUGUCCACUCUCUCCUCCCGAAAGCCACUCAGAUCUACGAGGAGGAGCAGGAAGCGACAGCCCAAGCAGACAUCAUACCCAUAGGGAAGUCCCAGAUGCAGGACGACCAUCGUCUCCUCUGCGUCAGGCGCAUAGACUGAAGUCACCGCUACCGUCGAAGCACACACCAGAUCCUGUCAAGACCAUAGUCACGCCUACCAGGAAUCAACCAAUGCGACGACUACAAGGAUACUUCAAAUCACCUCUUGUAGAGCCCUACGGUAUUUCGUAUCAUUUUCGGGAGUCUAUUGUGUACCCACAAAGUGAGCCACGUCCACGCAGAGGUCGGAAACCAGUUCAUGGUCGCAGUCUUUCGUCAGGAAACGUGCCUCCUUUUAGUCUUCUUAUCCCAAGGCCAGAGGCGACCGAUACUUCAGACGAGUCGGCAUUUGGACCAACCCGAGCGGUCCGGCGCACCAGUGAGUCGGAGACUGCUCAAACCCGUCGAGGCUGGCCAUCGACUUCUGAUCAUGAUCUGUCUAGUACUCCCCAGCUUGUCAGGACGAUGGUGGGGUCCAGACACAUGCAUAGACAGUCAAGUAGUGAAGUAUCAGCUGCCAGUGCAUCGUUCUCCUAUUAUGGUUCCCUGCCCUCGGGGUCACGGCAUUCGAGCAGUGGCAUGUCUGGGACUGCGCAAUUCCCCCAUACACAGUAUGACGGCUCUACCCUGUCGAGAGAAGUUGGAUCAGCCGUCAAUCAUAGAGUGCGGUCUCUAGGCGUUUCGGCAAAUUCUCUCCUGUCUUCGUCAAACGCAAGGGGCUCGAUAGCGAGCCCAGACUUUCGAGCUGGUUACUCACCGUUGCCAUCAUCACCAUAUGCCCGCACCCAAGGGGAAAGGGCUACGUCACAAAACAGCCCAGCAACAAGUCAAACAGAUUUCAUUCAGGAGUACCCCGAUGCAACAGAAGCUGCCGCUCGGAACUUGCGCUCGCCACUUGACGAAUACUCGGAACAGUACCAACGCUUGACUGGAGACCAACAUAGCAGAGAAUCUAUGCCCCAUUAUUUUCCACACUUCCAGCCUGCUGCCUACAAUCCCAGCGGUUCACGUCGAGGUUCUACUGGUGAAGCUUAUCGAAGCCCAUAUCCACCUAUGCCCACAAUGGACAACCAAGAGAGACGUCAACCCGGCGCUCAAUCCACACAACAGAACAGGUCUCAACAUCACGCAACACGGGCUAACCAGCGCUCAAGUCAGAACAAUCCGGUCACUUCACCGUUGAUCAACACCCGUAGCAGCCGUGGUCAAGUACAGACCCAAAGAGCAGCGUAUGAGUUGUUGCAGAAUGCUUCUCGUGCUAUGCAAACCAUUAGUCCUCGGGCUUCGGCCGGGGCUCCAGUUCGAUCAGGCGUCGCACCAUCAACAAUACCCCCACGUGAUGUGUCCAACAGAGAACGUGUACAGGGCCCGCGUCAAAUGCCGUCACAAUCUGCGAACCGCCGCCAGGAGGGCACACUCAUGUCAGGCAGUCCACCGCUUCGGCCUGGAAAUCAAAAUAGUUCUCGAGCUUUACCCCAAAGUACUGGCUUGGACGGGACACUGGGUGUACCUCAGCCAUCCGGUUAUAGACCAACAUCGCACUACCGCGAAGAUACUCCAAAUUCACAAACACGCACACAACGCCAAGUUUCGACAACAGCGCUACCAUCUCUACAUCUCCAUCCCAGUCGCGACAGCCCAUUGACCGCUCUAGCUCUCGAUCAUGGCAGUGGCGUUACGAGUCGCCGCUCGCGAUCACCGCUUGUUCGUGCAAGCACUACGGCUCGUACCCAUAGGCGCGUUCCAGCUCACCAGCGGGAUCAGGAAAAUUCCGCUGAAGCAGAGAUUAGCGCAAUGCGACAGGAAGAAGCCGCAGUCACUACAAGGUAUGGGGAGAAUGGGCAACAAGAAACCAUGGAUGAAACGCCCCCGCGCAUCGGAAGGUUUGAACAAGCCAUGUUUGAGUAG